AUGCUGGUUCUGCUGGUCUUCCUGGUUGAGCUGUCAGAGCAACAUGGCCGAAUGAUAGAGCCGCCAGCCCGAAAUGCCAUGUGGCGGGUGGGCUUCAACACGACGCCAAACUACGAAGACAGUGAGCUGUUUUGUGGCGGAAUUGUGAAUCAAUGGAAGAUCAACAAGGGAAAGUGCGGAAUUUGCGGCGACUCGUACAGCGUCCGACGGCCUCGACCGUACGAAACCGGCGGCAAACUGGUGCGCAACAUUACCACUCGGGUGUACCCGCCCGGCGGAGUGAUUGACGUGGUCAUUCAACUGGUGGCGAACCACCUGGGCACCUUCCAGUUCAGUCUCUGUCCGCGGAACAGCGUCGACGAAAUAGAAACUGAAGAGUGCUUCAUUCCGCUUACGGUUAAGGGGGAGGAGGUGUAUCGCCUAAAGACGCACCGAAAGGGCGCUUUCAAUCUACCGGUGCAGCUACCCAAAGAAGUCUCGUGCGACAGGUGCAUUCUGCGGUGGCAUUGGAAAUCAGCAAACAACUGGGGCGUGUGCGAGAAUGGCAACGCAGGCAUUGGCUGUGGACCACAGGAAACGUACCGGAAUUGCGCCGACAUUGUG